AUGAGGCUCUCUAUAUCAUGUGAUGCAUGCCGGCGAGCCAAAGUCAAGUGCGUGCAUGAGGGAACCCCUCCUUGCCAACGAUGUCAUAGAAACAAAACAUCAAGCUGCACUCUCACAGAUCCUCGCGAUGGACGCUCAAGAGAACCUAGCAGAGCAGUGUCAAGAGGAGCAUCACGUAAACGCAAGGCUACCAAUCAACCCCCGAGUGCUCAAAUCAUUGAGAGACAGCGCAGGGUGAAACCCUGCGCUGCCAAUGAUGACAGAAAAGAUCCGAUCUCGAAGCUUUCUAUAUCAAUUGUCAUCAGUGCAAUCGAACUCUACAGGAAGAAGUUUCCCAUUGCCAACUUCCUACACUAUCCCUCGCUGAUUUCCGACGUGUCGUCAAAUUUCGAAUCCAUCGACCCUGUCUUCAUUGCCUCGCUUCUGUCUCUUUGCGUCCGGUUCAUCACGAGUGACGACCUUGACGAUGAAGAGGCCUUUGCAGAUUAUGCUCGGAAGCAACUGGCUUUUCGAGUCAUGGAAGCUCCAUCGCUUUAUCUCGCUCAAUCUUUGGUCAUGAUCUCGUUCUACGAAUGGGGCACCGGCAGACCGUAUCAGGCUUGGAUGUACAGCGGAAUGGCAACGUACAUGAUACAAUCAUUGCUCAAGAUGGCAGACGACAGCAUGGAGCAUAGCCCACACGAAUUCCACGCUUCGCAAACUCAAUAUGAGCAACUUGUCAGAACCUAUUGGUGCAACUUUGCGCAAGACUGUGAGCUGAGCUCGGGUGCAAGACAACAUUUUGCGCUUUCCUUUUCCCAAAUUUCAGUCCCAUUGCCAAUCAGUGAUCGAGAAUUUACUUUUAAUCAAUUACCGGAACGACGGCUGAUGCCUGUCGAUCUGAAUAACAAGUGUCACCUGGCAAAUAACCUCACAAUCGAGAAUGGGUUGACCAUUGUGAUCAGAGGGUUUGAUAUUUUUGUGCGAAUCUUACGCUUUGCCAACGAGCAUCGGCGUUCCUUGGCAUCUUUCAGUUCGGAGGAGUCGCCCACCUUGCCACUUCGACAGGAUUGGCAUCAGCUCAAGGCUGAGCUAGAGGAAUGGCGGUCCCUCCAGGAUAGGACUGUCAAAUACCCCGAGACGAGUGCCCAUGCUCAUGUUUCUUUGGGCUAUGGAGAAUUAUUUGCGUACAUCAAUCUACUAUAUUUCAUGAGGUAUGUACGUCUUCCCGUCCCCUGCCUCCGUCCCGCUUUCUCGAGCGUAGUGGCAUACUCAUCAGGCACGUCCAGCAUUGUGUUCCUUCACCGUGAUCGCUUCUUGUCAAACAUCAAGCCUCAUUCCGUGGUUUUUCAGGACAUGGCCGACGAUGAGCAAUAUCAACCCGAGACCGUCGAACAGCUCUUUGAAGCAGCACAGCACAUUAGCGGCAUUCUUUCUGCACUUGAAGCCUGCGAGGCCUCUGUGAUGACACCUUAUUCCGGAUUCAGCAUUUUCGUCACAGCGCAUAUCAAUAUGUACGGAACUCUGAUCCCACAGCACUAUCCCGGGGGACUGGAUCGUGCAGAGGCCGAGAAAAAUCAUAACAUGAUGUAUCUGGAACGACUGAGCAAACUAUGGCCGGUCGGCCGAAGCUGGAAACGAACUGUGCAGGAUGCAAAUCGAUUCUAUGAAACAGUGAGAAGCACGCAGGCCCAUCCAGGAUCUGGAAUGCACAGCCCCAGGCGAUAUGCGCUAGCGGGGACUUUGGACGAAUAUGGCGAUAUUCGGGUACGACCGAGUCGCGAGCACCAUGUAACACGAUCGGUGAGCACAAUGGCCCAGCUAUCACCGAGUGCGCAUCAAGAUCCAGGCAGUUCGCUUCCCCCGACGAGUCACCAAGGCGAUUCUCUCUUUUCGAAGGAUCCACCCAGUAUUGGAAACCAUCCGGACCUCGAAACGGAUAUCUUUCAGUGGCCGUUUAUCGAUGCUUCUUGGUCGACAGGAUUCGAUGCGGGCAUGGAUGGGUUGUGGCAUCACUCGGGAUUAUUUGAUCAAAAUCCCAGCAUGAGGUAG